AUGGCCCUCCUUCCCAGUGUUCCUCACUCCCUGACAGUUUCUGGGGCCUCAGACCAUUUUUUCUGGGCAGCUCGCAUAAAACACCAAAUGCCUUCGUUAAAAUCAAGUCCAGGGGAAGGGAUCUUUGGCAAGCAGAACCCUCAGGCUGUGUGGGAAGCCAGCAGGUUGCUAAAGUUUGUUGGGAGGAGCGGGUCUGUCUUUCCCACCAGCCCUGAGUCUCUGGGACGCUGUGUGUCACAGGAAGAAGAAAUGGAGAGUGAGGGUCCUGGGGACUACAGCUGCUUUGUCCAAAAACAAAAACAAAAGAAAAGCCUGCCUUGGGACCUUUUAGCCUUUCUGUUAAAAAAGAAAAGGGAAAUUAGCUAUAUGGAUUUUUUUUUUUAA